AUGAACGCCUGGUCCAAGGGGCUCGUCGUCAAGCGGCAGAAGACUGCGCAGAAGAGCAAUGGUGAAAAGUGCGUCGAGUCGUCGGCCAAGCGCAAGCGCCGCCGCAUGAACGCCUGGUCCAAGGGGCUCGUCGUCAAGCGGCAGAAGACUGCGCAGAAGUCAUUCAAAGACUCGAGCAUGGCGAUCACCGACGAGGAGUCAAAAGAGAACAAGCCGAUCACGUCGACGCCGCUGCCCAACGGCGAGGUGACGUCAUCAUCAGCGUCCGAUGACGAUGCGCCGCUGCGUCGGCCGCAAGAUAGCGACUCUAUGCUCAACAUUACCGUGCAGAGUGCGGUUCAUAAUCAUGUCAUAGAGAGUCCUACAAAAUCUACAGAGAAGACAAAGACAUCACCAAAGAAAAGGAAUUCAGGGCACGAUACGUCCGCUGGAGAGGCCGAGAAAGUACUGAUAAACAAGACUGAGCUAGAUAACGUCGUAUAUAAGAACGCGAAGGCUCUGCGUUCGAUAGGAUUGGAGGCGUUGCUUGAUUUGCACGCACAACUCACCGGGACCAUACGCUCCUACGCGCGCGCGACCGACCGCACGCGUCUGCCGCACGAACUCACCGCCGUCGUCACGAGGUACUUGCACCAUACAAAGAAAUGAGACGAAACAAAACACCGAUACGGUCUCAGAAUAACGCGUCGAAAGAAUCCAAAAUAUAUUCAGUAGCUACCGUGUGGUAGGAACACGCGUUAGUUAUAAUAGCAACUGAUACUAUCAAGUUUGUGAGCUGACAUUUGCUAGCGCUAUUGAACUCCUUUCCCCCGCCAUUUUUAAGUUGCUACGCGUUUAAUAUAGUGUUGGUGAGAGCUACAUAUAUUUUUGGUAGGUGGCUCGAAGUUACCUAGGUAUUAGGGUUACGUAAAACCAUAGGGUAUUUGAAAUUUUGCGAGAGUUGUCUGGAGGUAUGUUAGGAAAUUGUUAACGUCCUUGUUGAUUGGUUUAGUGUUGGAAUAUCACAUUCCAUAUCUUCGAACUAAUGAUCGAAACACUGCCGUCUCGGCUAUAAAAUUAUUUAUAAAUUAUCUUAAGAUCGAGCGACCAUUCCUAAUUAGCCAAAUUGUGAGUGAGAUUACCAGAUAUAGGUUAGUUUACCGGUUGUAAAAUUGCCCAAAGGACUGUGAUAUGUAGAAGAAGAGUAUAGACGUGUACAUAAAACAUUGCUUCAAUUAUUUAUUGCGUUGCGUCGCUAGCUGAGUGUUUGUCUGUGCCAUGCAUGACGUCAGUGUUGACAUUUGAAUGUCGAAUGAUUCGAUAACUGUCCAGUUAG